CUGCAGUUAUCUCAAGCAUAUCAAAAUAAAAUAAACGCGAUAAUCUGACAUCCCUGUCAAAAACAUUUCUCCCCGUGUGUAUUCGUCAGCGCAGGUGCAGAAACAGUAGCUUGUGAACACUUUAUGUUAAAAAUGUUUAGAGGAAGAUAGCAUCGGACAAUAUGAAUAAGAAUAUGAAUUCACCAUCCAAACUUACGGAGUUUGCUCCGUUAAGCCCCGAGGAAAGUCAACCAGUUGUGGCUUCCUUAUUUUCAAAAUUUUUUAGCUUCACUAGAAGUUCACAAAAUGUUGACGAUUCUACAAUUUCUUCUACUAACGAGGAGCAAAGCUCCUCUGAUUCUGAGUCAUGGAAGCAAUCAGAAAGUACAGAAAAAACACCUGAAGAUGAUAGCUCAAGCAUGAUGAACUUUCCAUUGGAUACUCGCGAAGGCAGAAGUUUACCAAAUGUUUUAAAACGCAUUAGUAACAUUGUAGCUUUAAAAAGCAAUAAUUUACGUUCAUACAAAGAUUCUCAGUUAAGAAGUUAUUGGAUGCCGGAUAAUGUGAGCAAACAGUGUUACGAAUGCGGUGAACGGUUUACAACAUUUCGUAGAAGGCAUCACUGUCGCGUUUGUGGUCAAAUAUUUUGUUCAAAAUGUUGUUGCGAUCAGAUACCUGGAAAGAUUAUGGGAUGCACUGGAGAUCUUAGAGUUUGUACGUAUUGCUGUAAGGUAGUUUUAUCUUAUUUACAAUCAUCAGACAUGAGGAGUGACCUAUCAGCAGAUUUAAAAGCGUUACAAGAAGAUCUCCAAGUUAAAUAUGGAAGUGAUUCACCGCCUAUAACUCAGAAAAAUGCAAAUGAAUCUGUAGAGGAUGAUACUUCAAUUUGCAGGAAGCCAAGUGUUGGAUACAUGGAAGAAAAAUAUGCUAUUGGACGGUCGGCAACUAGUUAUCUGACAUCCCAGGAACGGUCUAUUGCUUUACAAAAUUCCGCCUCUUUGAGAAUGAUUUAUGAAGAGCUGUUUAGAUCAAGUCAAGCAAUUCUCCUACAGACGCACAGAAUUAGACUGAAAAGUUAUCACAACUGCUUUUUAGCUAAUGAAUUAGUGAACUGGAUGAUAGCACAAAACAAGGCAGCCACUCGUGUGCAGGCUACUGCUAUUGGGCAGGCAUUAUUAGAAGCAGGUUUCAUUGAACCAGUAGUUACUGACAAUGUAUUUAGCGACACAGCGACUGUAUUUAAACCAGUGAAAUUGCAACAUAUACAAACUAUGGAUUUGUUGACUGAAACUCAGAACACAUGUGAUGCCCAAGAACCUGCAUGGGUAAAGACAAUUCCGCAACACGAUUCAACCACUGAUUCUGAAAGUGAAACAAAACCUUCAAAUUCCAUGCAACAAGGCACUGGACGUUUACCAUCUUCUAGUUCAAGUUUCUAUUUAGAUUUAAACUUGGAAGCGUCCACUGUUACAUUGAAAAGACCCACGUCGGAAGAUUUAACGACAAUUUCCGUAAAUAGCAGUGAUGGUGUAAUCGAACAGAAAGAAAUCACAGUAAAAUCGCAUAAAUGUAAUUUAAAAAUUGCCGAUGAUCUUCUAAACGAUACAUUGCAAGUACAAGAAUUUAAAGAAAAAGGUGGUUGGCACAAAGCAACAAAUCUGAGAACUGUAUUCGGAGAACUUCAUGCUUAUGAAUGCUUAACAUCAGCAUACAAACAACACGAAGAUUCAUUAAUCAAACAACUUCUUAAUAAAGAAGGUUUAUCGCAGAGCUGGUCGGAAGUGAUACUUCCUAUUGCUCAUCAAAUUAUUGAUCACGUUAGACCAGAUUUAAAUCAUAAUGUCGAUGAUUUAGAUAUUCGACAAUAUGUACAAAUAAAGAAAUGUCCAGGUGGAGGUAGAGAUGAUUGUGAAAUUGUGUCUGGUGUAGUUUGUACGAAAAAUGUUGCACACAGAGGAAUGAACGCAAUGAUAGCUCAUCCAAAAAUUUUAUUACUUCAGUGUGGACUUAUGUAUCAACGUGUAGAAGGGAAGCUACUAAGUUUGGAGCCGGUGAUGUUACAAGAGAACGAGUAUUUAGGUCAUACAGUGGCUAGAAUUACUGCACUUGGUCCAGAUGUUGUGCUCGUACAUCGCUCUGUAUCAAGAUUAGCACAAGAUAGACUUAGAGAAUGUGGAGUAACGCUUGUUUUAAACGUAAAACUUAGCGUUCUCGAAAGGGUUGCACGGUGUACCGGUGCUAAUAUUGUGAACACUAUCGAUGCACAUAUAAGUGCUAGAUACAUGCUUGGUACAUGUAAAAAAUUCUAUUUACGAAAUUUUUCAAGCGAGAAAAAUGGUAUCAAAACAUUGAUGUAUUUUGAGGGAUGUGCAAACCCACAUCUAGGAGCUACAAUCUUGUUGCGAGGUGGUUCUCAACCAGAAUUAAAAAAAGUAAAGAACGUAACUUCGACGAUGAUAUUUGCUGCUUAUUCUUGGCGUCUUGAAAAAUCAUUUCUUAUGGAUGAAUUUGCUAGACCACCAUCGCCUAAAGAUAAUUCAUUCUUAGAUGAAACGUUAAACAAAGAUACCGAAGAUUUUGAAAAAAUCAACAAAAUAGUGCAUACUAAAAGCAACGAAGUUAAUGAUUCAUCGUCGACUCAUAAAGAGUAUACGGAUAGUACAGAAAUUUUGAAAGUAACAAAAAUUCAGGAAGAUUCUGAGAAUAUAUCAAACGGUAAACAAAGUAUAGAAAUAGAGAUUUCAGGUAAUGAAAACGUACCAGUAAAAGAUACAGUAUCAGAUCAGACUUGUACUGAAAAUAUAUUAAAUUCAAAUUCUGUUAAACAAAUAUCUUCCAUACUGUCUGAAGAUGCUGAUCCUUACGAUACUUUGAAAUUAUUUAAGCCUAAAACGAAAACUUCUGUGAUUUGUACAAAAAGUACAGAGGAUAACGUAGCAAGUAACGCGUCGAUCAAUAACGAUGGCCCAAAUAAUACUACUGGACUUGGAAUAGAUAGCAGCGAAGAUCCAAAUAGUACAAUUGAAUUGUUUGGAAGUAAAGCUAACGAGAAAAAUAAAAAUGCUAAAGAAGAAUUUGAGAGAUUGAGGAUAAAAGAUAAAGCUUCCUCGGAAGAGAAACGUAUCUAUGGAGAAUCCAUAUGCGAUCAUAGCGAUCCGUUGCAUCAGUAUUUAAACGAAGGCGACGAAGAUGUCUUCAGUCAAACUAGUCCGAACGGUCAACAUUUAAGCGUUGCCGAUUUACCGCUAUUAAACAAAUUUAAGAAAGCACUUGAAGGAACUAUAUUAAGUGUUUCGCCUUAUUUAAAAUUUUCUGUGCCGUAUUUGGAAACAGAGACAGGAAGGAACUGCGUGUUGCGAAGUUUCUUUCCAAGAGAAAUCUUUUAUUCUGUCCAAUUCGUGGAUAAAGUGAAAGAGAUUAAAGCGACUAACAUGUCGAUAGAAUCGAGAAUAGAAAAUCCAUUAUUGAAAUUAAAAUUAAAGCCUCAGCAUCCGUUUGUUCAAGCGAGAUUAACUACCGACGUUGAUAGUCAAGAAGUACAAGCGUUAUUAGCUAAUUUUAGAGCAUGUGGUAGUAGAUUGUAUCCAACGAAUAACGUUUUAUCCGACAAACAGCAGAUUAUAAUGCAGUCUGAAAUUAACGAUCAAACUCCGGUAUGGCCUGAUUGUUUGGAUCCUGCGAGCCAUCAACGUUUAUCCGUAUUAUUUUGCAGUUUUUCCCAUACCGGUAACGAUACACCAGCGUUUUGUGUGAAUCCAUGGGUAGUCAAUAUGGAUUUAUAUGGAAGGAACGACAUUGCCCUGGGACGUUUUUUGGAACGAUACUGUUUGACUUCUGAAUACAAGUGUCCUGCUCAGGCAUGUCGGGCACAAAUUGCUCAGCAUGUUCGGCGAUUCGCCCACGACGGUGGAUGCAUACAUAUUAGCUUAAGCGAAAUGAGCACCGAGCCUUUUUCUCAAGAGAACGCAAAUCAAAUAUUAAUGUGGAGCAAGUGUAUGAAAUGUAAAAGCGUCUCACCGGUGGUACCGAUGUCAGACGACACUUGGUCUUUAUCCUUUGCCAAAUAUCUAGAAUUACGUUUCCAUGGUAGUGCUUAUACAAGACGUGGUACAGAUAGUUGUCAACAUUCGCUUCAUCACGAUCACUAUCAAUAUUUUACAAAGAAAAAUAUGCUGGCCGUAUUUAAGUACACAAGAAUAUCGCAAUGGGAGAUCUCUUUACCGCCUCCCUUGAUAAAUAUCGUGUAUGAUCCGAAACAGCACGCCGAUGUGAUAGAAGAGAUGAAGAGUAUAGCGUUAAAAGGAGACGAAGUGUUCUCCUCAAUACGAGAGAAACUGUUAACUUUACAAAUUGAUGCGGAUAAUUUGAAUGCUGUGAAACAGCAGUUAACUAAAGAUCAGCAAUAUUUCAAGAACAAAAUUGAAGAGAUUCAAUUGAAACUGACAUCUCCAACGUUGGAGAAUAAAAAGCUUGAAGGUAAGGUAUCUGAAAAACAGGUGCAAGCUUUGAUGUUCAGAAUAGAGGAUGGAAUUGUGAUUUUGAAACGACUGAUAUCAGAGGUUGUGUUCAACUGGAACGCAAAGAUAUUGGAAAUGUCUGUUAAAAAGAAGGACGAAAGACCACGACGUUUUACCGAACGAUCUUUGACCGCUGGUAGCAAUAGCAUAAUCGAUACAGAUGGGUAUAUAACCGAAGACACCGCGUCGGAAUCGCAACUUGAAGAUCUAAGUCCUAUGUCAGCUGAUUACAAUGCUAUCGAUGCUAUUGCAGCAGCGCAACACGAUUUGCAGGGAAUCGAAGGUUUAGAAAGCUCGGACAAUGAAGUUCUGGAAAGUAAUAUUCCUGAAGAAAUUGUUGUUCAGGGAUCUCCAAAGAUGCAUCAAAGAUCACACUCUGAUGUGUUACCUGUUGCGUUAGACGAUGUGCCGGAUAAAAAGAAAAAGAAGAAAACGAUUUUAUCACAAUUGUUACCAUCGGUUUCUGUAGCUCAGCCAAUAGCUAAUCCAUUGGGAAAUUUAGAACACCACUUACUUCCACUUGGGUCGGUUGUACCUAUAGUGGUAUACGAAUCAGAGCCUUCAUCUAUAAUUGCAUAUGCACUUGAUUCACACGACUACAAACAUGCAUUGCACGAGUUGAUGCGUUCAACAAAAGGGCCUGAUCUAAAUCCUAGUCCGUUGAUUAAACGAAAAUUUCCGGACAAUAAGGAGAAUUUUACUGAUAUAACACAAUCAGGAGAAUUUAAACGACCGUCCGUUCUAUCAUUUUUCCGUGGGAAUAGUCCAAAUUCUGCGACUCCUAUAGAUUCAGAUAAAAGUGUUUCAACUGUGGAUUCUAAUAUGCCAAAUCCAUCGACAGUUGCGGAGAUCGAUGAAGAUAAGAAAACGGCGAAGCAACAGAACUACAUUGAAGUACAAUUCAAUGACGCGACAACAAAUUUUUACUGUAGAAUAUAUUUUGCUGCACAAUUUGCUGCUUUUAGAGAAAACGUUUUACCAUGCGGAGAAGAUGGUUUUACCAGAAGCAUGAGCCGAAGCGUGCAGUGGGCUGCAAGGGGUGGAAAAAGUGGAAGCACGUUUUGUAAAAGUCGAGACGACAGGUUCAUCAUAAAGGAGAUGUCUCGACUAGAAAUGCAAAUAUUUCUUGAUUUUGCACCAAAUUAUUUCUCCUAUAUGGAAAAAUGCCAACAAACUAAACAGCCAACGCUGUUGGGAAAGAUAGUCGGCGUUUACAGAGUAUCUUUUAAAAAUAAUACGACAAACGCAGCGCUUCGCACUAGUGUUCUAGUGAUGGAAAAUUUAUUUUAUAAAAGAACAAUAACAGACAAGUUUGAUUUGAAAGGAUCGGUGAGGAAUCGGCUUGUUAAUCCUGAGGAUACAUGUCACGAAGGAGAACUGGUAUUAUUGGAUGAAAACUUAUUGAACAUGAGCUGUGAUUCGCCGCUCUAUAUCAGAUCACAUUCCAAAGCAGUUUUAAACAGAGCCAUCGAACAGGACACAAAAUUCCUGGCUGAUAAUUCUGUGAUGGAUUACUCUUUAUUAGUAGGUUUGGAACCAAACUCGGACGAGCUCGUUCUAGGCAUAAUAGACUAUAUACGAACGUUCACUUGGGACAAGAAAUUAGAAACAAUGGUAAAGAAAUCAGGCAUAUUAGGUGGCCAGGGAAAGUUACCAACGAUAAUAUCACCGGAAGAAUAUCGUGCACGUUUCAUAGCUGCUAUGCAUCGAUAUUUCUUACCGGUACCAGAUAGAUGGUCUGGUUUAGGUAGAGGUGUAGAAACAUCAUGAAAGACAUGAUUUUUAGUAGUGAGAUUUUCAAUUUUUUCCACAAAUAUUAUAUACUAAAUAUAUUGUACAUAUAUUUUCUAUGCAACUGACACAAAUGUAACAAGCAAUGUUGCAUAUAAACAUGUGAUGUGUAUUAAUAUUGUAGGGAAUUAUUAGUGCUUUGUUACAUUUUUGUAAUGAAACAAAAGAAGAAGUGAUGAAAUGGAAGUUACCAUUAUCGUAACGAAAGGACUCGUUGUACAGUUUUAGUUUUUUCAUCAUUUCUGUAACUAUAUAACGUUUACAUUACAUCAUUUGUAUUUGUAUUCAUUAGCUCAUCGAUUAUUGUAUUACAUGUACAUAAUAAGUUUGUAUUAAAAGUUCAUAAGCAAGUCUCUCUUCAAGUUCGAUGUACAAAGGGCGUGAAUGAGAGUCACAUGAAAUUAUAUAAAAGUCUAUGAAAGCACCAUUA